UGCUACCGUCCGUUCCUGGCCCGGGCGGAAGUGCGUCGUUGCUCUCGCCGCCGCCGCUGCUACCUGUGCCUCUGGCAGCCAUGAGCAAAAAGACGCAGGUCUCCUACGUGCCGCCGGCCGAGCCCGCCUUCCUGAGCCGCCUCAAGAGGGAGGUUGGGUAUCGGGAGGGGCCCACGGUGGAGACCAAGAGAGAGCAGCUCCCAGCUCCUGAGGAAGAUUGUGAGAGUGGCAGUGACAAAGAGGAUGAACAACCCCAAGUGGUAGUACUGAAAAAAGGGGACCUGACCUCAGAAGAAGUGAUGAAAAUUAAACAGGAGAUCAAAGAUGCUUCAAAAUCAGAUGAAGAACCAGAGCCUGAUGAUGGAAAAAUUGUGUUCAAAAAGCCAAGUAAGCGUUCAUCAGAAGAGAAAUUUUCGGGCCUGACUGCAAGUUCCAGUAAGAAGAAAAAAGAAUCAAAGAAAACUAAGAGGGACUCAACACCCCCUCAGAAUGCAGCUAAACAAAUUAAAAAUAGCAGCCUCCUCUCAUUUGAUGAUGAAGAAAAUGAUGAUUAGGAGUUGUGCAUGUUUUUGUUUUGCAUACUUUCCCUUACAAGCAUUAGGGCAAAAAUGAGGUGCAUCUUUUAGGUGGAGACUUAGGGCUUGCUUCUCCUUUUACUCCACUGAUGUCAGAGGAAGACCAUAUAAAACUGGUGUGAGGUGAGAGUCAAGCCCUAAUUUUUCAGUUCAGAUGGUACUGCAUGCACAGUAUUUUGGACUGUAUUUUUAAAAGAGAACUUAAAUGUGUGUGCAAAAUAAAACCCAUACAAAUGGCUGUUUAAGAUCCCAUAUAUUAGCAAUAUAAUUGUGUACAUGUAAAACUUAUUAAUACAUUUGCAAACAAAAUAUUUUAAAAUCAUUUUCCCCAUUUACAUUUUUUUUUCUGUUUUCUAAGUGGCCAAAGACCUGAGUUCAUAGUUGUAUAUUUUUGUCCUGUUAGAGUUGACCUCCCUAACAGUCAAAACAGUAUAAAAACUUGGAGACUAAAAUCUUUGACCUUUUCUCAGGUACAACUUGAAAUCUCCCCCCUCCCCAAUAUGUAUGGGCUGAAUAACUGGGUCUGUGUCUUGUUGUCUUUAUGUGUAUGACUCAGCACCUAGUAAAGCCAUGGGAAUUUUGAUUGCUGUCCUCAGUGGAUGCAGAUGAAGCCUGUAAGCACUGACUUCAGUGGAAUUGCUCUGUGAAUAAGGGUUACAGGAUUGGAUCCUUAGUGAUUGCAUCAGAUCUUGCACAGGAAAGAAAUCUGAACUGUGAACUUGGAGAUUAUGUAGGGAAAGCCAUUUAGUCCAUUUUGGAUACCAUGGUGAUGGGCUAUGCAUAAAAAACUGGAUAGAAAGUUUUUUU